UAAAAAGCAGAGAUUCCACCAGUGAAAGUGACUGAGUGAUUAGAGAAAAUCAAUAUUAUUUUUACGAAGUCUAUCACAAUGUCUGCCCCUAAAGGACCUUUCCGCCUUGUCACUGUCAACACUGCUCCCGAGAGAGCCAAGCUACUUAUCGGCCGGAUGGUCGAGGCUCUCAAGGACCGUUAUACCAUCAUCUACGAAGCUAACUGCGAAACAAUCGAGGAAGUCGGACCCAAAGUGAAGGAAUUUAUGCCUGAUGUUCUGUUCAGUGCUUCUAUGUGGACCGAUGAGGAGGCGCAACGAAUUCAGUCCAUUGCGAGGGAUAUUAAACCUGACAUCAAGACCCACGCCAUCCCCGAAGGAUUGCAAGUAAAGUACGGUCCUAACGCUAUCGUUGAACAUCUCCUCGAGAAGGUCCCACUUCUUUUGGAUGCUUAAGGUGGGAGUUGGGGUUUGGAGGGGCUAUGUUUUGCUGGAGCCAAUGAUUUCCACUCUGUAUAUAUACUUGCAUUGUGACGAUGUGAUGUGAUAAA